AUGACCAUCUUCCUCGUCCCCAUCUACAUAGCGGAAAUCGCUAGUGAUGAAAUUAGAGGAAAACUCGGAAGUUUUCUGCCCUUUGCAUUGAGCCUUGGAAUUCUUCUCGCCUUCAUUUUCGGAGUCGUAAUGUCCUAUCAGAUGUUUGCUGUAUGCGGUAUGAUCCUGCCCCUUGUGUUCAUCAGCGGAUUUACGUUCAUGCCAGAGACACCAGUCUUUCUUUUGCGAAAAAGUGGGGUAGAGGCAGCCACGAGAUCCCUAUUGUGGCUCAGACACGGCGAUAAAGCAGUUGUCGAAGAAGAGCUUGCUCGGCUGAAACAAUCCAUUGAAGAUUCACAGUCUGUCAAGUCUGGAGGCUUCAGAGAUGUGUUGAAGAAUCGUGGAACUAUAAAGGGUUUCCUCAUCGCUCUAGUCCUUCUGCCAGGUCAACAAGCCAGUGGAAAUCCUGUCGUCUUUGCGUACAGUGCAACGAUCUUUCAACUGUCCGGAUCUUCACUGAGUCCAAACACAUCAGCUAUAGUUCUCGGUGCAGUCCAAUUAGCCGCAUCAUUCUUGCCAACAAUGAUGAUUGAAAGAUUUGGAAGGCGUGUCCUCCUCUUAUUUUCCUGCGGUGGAAUGGCCAUUUGUCACUGGCUUCUCGGUCUAUUUCUUCUAUUACAAACUUGGCAUUAUGAUUUGUGGUUCUGUAGGUGGGCCCCAAUUAUGCUUCUAUGCCUUUUCACAACCUUUUAUUCUAUCGGUUUAGGGCCCCUGGCAUACGUUGUUGUGUCAGAAGUCCUGAGUUCCGAAACUCGAGCAGUUGUUAAUUCUAUGGCAAUGACAGCCACGUGGAUUAUUGCCUUCUUAGUCGUUAAGGGCUUUCCUUUACUGGCUGAGAGUUCAAUUGGAAGCUACGGAUGCUUCUUCGCCUUUGGAUUUUCUUGCACAUGUACUUUUUUAGUAACGUAUAUCAUUAUUCCUGAGACUAAAGGAAAAUCGGUUGAUUACAUUCUCAGAGAGCUGAAUGCUACAGCGAUUAAAUCAGAAGAUGAUUUCCGUGGGAAUUCAAUUGAAAUUAAAUCGGAUACUUUUGACCAUUUUUUGCUGAGAAAUAGAAGUCUCAGAUACCAACAGCGAGAUAAUUUUUGCAUUCUUAUUAAAUUAUAUAAAUUACGAUCAAACAUGCCCAAGCCAAUGAACUUUAUCACUAUAGUAGAAUUGAUAAGAAAUGAAUGUAUACAUCUCAUAAAUGUCAACAAAUACGGGAGGGAGAGAAUCACAUUUAUCAUUUAUGACACCGAAAGCUGGCAGUCGAUUCAAUAUGCUGUGGGCUCUAAUCAUUUUAUUCUUUUAGUAAUCAACACACUGUUCGUCGUAUCUGCGACUGUGCCGGGAAAGUGGCGACAAUUCAUGGCAACAAUGAUCGUAAAUCUUGCACCGUUUCUGAGUGGAGUAUCGUACGGCUGGUGUUCAACGACAAUUCCAUCCUUGGUGAGGGAUGACACACCCCUGGGAACAACCCCUCUAACCGAUGAGGAAGCAUCAUGGCUGAUCUCAAGUCUGGCAAUCGGACCCUUAAUUAUCUUUCUGUUUAGCGCUAGUUUUUGUGAAAGAUUCGGUAGAAAGGCAACAGGUCUAGUGAUCGCCCUUCCCUCCACCACCUCCUGGCUGCUCAUACUAUUUGCUACCAAUUUCUAUCAACUCUUGAUCGCCCAAAUUCUCCAAGGAAUUGCCGCUGCACUGGCUACAUUCCACGCUCCUCUCUAUAUCACAGAAAUAGCUAGUGUUGAUAUCAGAGGACAACUCGGAAGUUUCUUCCUAUUCAGUGUAAAAAUUGGUCUUCUGUCUUCAUACAUUCUCGGUUCAGUGCUGUCUUAUCACGUGUUUGCAAUGUGCUGUCUACUCAUACCCAUCUGUCACUUCGGGGGAUUGUUGGUACUGCCAGAAACACCGGUUUAUCUAAUCAGGAAGAUUCGAAUUGAGGAAGCCACCAGAUCUUUGAUGUGGCUCAGAGGUAAUGAUAAGCCAGCUGUUGAACUUGAAAUAAAUAGACUUCGAGCAUCUGUUGACGAUAAGAUCGAUAUCGCUAAGUCAGCCAAUAUUAGGGAUAUAUUUACAGACAGAGGAAAUUUUAAGGCGUUGGUUAUUGCAGUGAUGUUAGCAAUUGGUCAGCAAUCAUGUGGGAUCAGUGUUCUGCUGACGAGCACGGUGGUUAUAUUCAAUCUAGCAAAGAGCUCAGUGGAUCCCUAUGUGGCAACUAUAAUUUUCGGGGUGAUGCAGGUAAUCGGUGCUUGGCUGUCAACAUUGACAAUGGAACGCGCAGGUCGAAGAAUUCUUCUUCUCGUGUCCUCUUCGGGAAUGGCGGUUUGUCACUGUAUUCUUGGAACCUUUUUGCUGAUUCAGAACUUUGGCUACGAUAUGUCAGCAAUCAGCUGGACACCAGUGAUCGUAUUAUCGGGGUUUAGUAUUCUGUAUUGCAUUGGAGUGGGCCCAAUCGCGCAUGUAGUCCCGAAUGAAGUGUAUAGUCCAGAUUUAGCGAGUAUUAGCAACAGCAUAACUCUGUUUAUCAUGACUUGCUGUGGCUUUUUAGUUCUCAAACUUUUCUCGGUGGCUGUUUCUGUCGUCGAAUUGCACGGCUGUUUUUUUAUAUUUAUGGUGUUUUGCAUGGGCACAUUUUUGUUUGCGUUUCUUAAUAUUCCGGAGACGAAAGGUAAGACACUUGAAUCCAUUCGAAAGGAACUUGUAAAGACGAAGAAAAAGCCGGAGGAAGUCGGUGAAGCAGUUGUCAUGCAGCCAGUGACACUCGAUAAAUGAUUAUAUUGAUAAUCAUUAUGGUGAACGUGAAAUUCAUAGGACUUUGGAACUCAAGGCAUUGCAAUUCCUUGAAUAUUUUCUAUUUUUAUUAAUUUUCCUGGGAUAUUAUGAAUUUUCAAUGAAAAAUUAUUGAAAAUUUCAGUGGAAUUGUUGCUUGUGAGAAGUGGCCACGACUGAAUUUUGAGUAAUUGAAAAAUAUUUAUGUCAAUCUGACCAGAAGACUAAUUCGAAAAAUAGUAGGAAUGUUUGAUUUUGUAUAAAAAAAUCACGAUAAAAAACCCGUAAAAUUGUA